AUGGAUGGCGCAAGCCAUAGGCUCCUCGGCCUGGUGUUCCUCCUCCUCCCCACGCGUGCCGACCGAGCCUUCUUUCCUGCCGUUUGCCGCGCGUGGUGCUCCGCGGUGCGCCAGUGCCGCCUGCCUCCACCGUCUCCAGUACCGUGGCUUAUGCUUCCUGACGGCAGUGCCACCAGCUUCCCUCACCGUGAGACCUUCCAGCUGCCGGAUGGCAUGCGCUACCACAGCUCCUGUGGAGAGUGGCUUCUCUUGUCGCGCAAUGAUGGCAGCUGCUUGCUGAUGAACCACCUCACCAAGGCCACCAUGCCCCUUCCUAGCCUGUCUUCGUACAGCUACUACCAAGAACCUGUGGAAAUCCCCGAAGAUUAUAUCCCACGCUAUUAUCGGAUACGGGGCAACAGUUGGUUGGACAACAAGGACAUCAGUAACAUAUCUGUACGCUCCCUAGUUGUGUGCUCCACGCGCCUCGUUGCUGCCAUAGUAGCGGUUGGGCCCCUCGGUGCAAUUGCAUUGUGCCGACCAGGUGCUACUGCAUGGUCAGUGAGCGCUCAAGAUGAGUGUUGGUGGCUCUCACGCAUGGUCUUCUUCCAAGGAAAGCUCUAUGCUCUUAACCGCAUGGCUGGCCAUAACGACGAUCUUAUUGCCAUUGACAUUGUGGAUGAGCAUGACAGCGAUGAGCCAAGGGUGUCUCGGAUUGAAUGCGUCAUUGAGGGAGCCUCCUUGCCAUCACGUCUUGAACUUUCCACCAUCCGCACCCACUACCUCAUUGAAUCCAAUGGCACACUGUUAAUGAUCCGCAGAAGAUUUUCCCACAAAAGCCAAGAUUGGUCUGAUGUGGUUUGUUGCAGCAAGUUCGAAGUGUUCGAGGCCGACAUUGAGGAGCACUUGUGGGCUGAGAUGAGAAGAUCUAUUCACCCUUGCCUAUGGUAUCAUGGAAGAGUGAAAGAGUCCCCGCAACAUGGAUAUUCUCACAGGGUGAGACAUGUGAAGCUGCAAACAGCACGGGAGGAUUUGCAGGAAAUUGUGGAACCUGAGGAAGUGGAACCUCUGAAUCUCUGA